AAUCAAAAUAAAGAGUUUAAAAUAAAUGAAGGAAGGUCGUGUUUUAACGAACAUUUUCUAACGCGAACGCCAUAUCUGUCCAUCUUUUUAAUCUAUCAGCUUCUGUUGACGUCAAAAUAAGUUCAAAAAAGAUCAGUUUGAAACGAUAUAUAUAAAAAUCUUGAGUGCCGAUAUAAAAAACAGGAUUUACAAUGUCAGAAACAAAAGCAGAAAUAUCCCAUCCAAGAUCCUUUGAAAAUAGCUACAUAGGAGAUACCGCCUAUGGAGGUUUCAUUAGAUAUGAAGAAUCUUUAUUGAUCCCACCCAUUCCUAAUGAAUAUAAGAUUUCCUAUGCCCCCACAAUGGAAUCACAAAUUCGCAAACUCAGAUUAUCCAUGGAGGCCUACAGAGAAUUAAUGCUUCAUGGUAACAGUAUCUUAUUAUGGGAGAAGCAAUGGCAUUCCUCAGCAAUUAUAGGAGGAUGCACUGUGAUAUUUAUGUUGAUAUGGCUAAGUGACCCAAAUAUUUUAACAAUUUUAUCUCUACUGGGAAUGCUGAUAACACUUGCAGAUUACACUUUACCAAUGAUAAUUUCAUCCAUUUUCAAAGAGGAUACUUGGAAUAAUGGAAAACAAAAGCAAUAUGAAGACAUCUGUACAAAUAUCAUACUGUACAAGACUAAAUUUGAGUUAUUGCUUGAUUCCUACUAUCGAAUGAGAGUUACCAACCCAAAAAUGUAUUUUGGCCUGACAAUUAUUGGAUUAGGAUUCCUUGCUUGGAUUGGAGGAACUGUAAAUAACCUGUUUUUGACAUAUGUCUUUGUUCUCCUCCUUUUAUUGCUACCUGGUAUGGCAUACAAUGGAUUCUUGAACAAAGGAUUAGAAACCUUAUCAAAAAUAUUUACUGAUUUGGUAGAAAAUGCCAAAUCUAAGGUUGUACAGAAAAAAACUGAGUGAGAUUGUUAUAGUUAUCAGUUGGUUAUGUAAUUUUGAACUAUUAUGUACAUGUUCGCUCAAACAUUAUUAUAUUUAGGUAUUUUUUGAAAUCGAAGAAAUUUUCGGUGUGAUAUAUAGACUGAUGUUACUCACCUAAUUUUAUUCGUUACGAGUAAUUAGUUUUAUAUUCAAUGAAUAAAUUAUCUUUUUAUA